AGUUGUUUUUUGACUUUUUCUUAAUGGUGAAAGAAGCUUUGUGAACAAAAAGAAAGCAAUUGUUCAAGUGUUUGUAAAGAAAAUGAAGUAAAAUAGUUUGAAAUUUGUUCAACAUCUACAUAUUCCUUGAGCCAAAAGACCAAAAAACAAUAAAAUUGUGUUUCAUAUUUUUGUUUGCAAUAAAGUGAAUAAAAAACGCAAAAUUUUUGAUCAGGUUUGCUGUGUACUUCACAAUUACUUGUACUUGCUUUGGACAUUCCAAAGAGUUACAUUUUCGAGAACAAAAAAUUGACUUAAACGAAUUGGGUGUUGCCGGUUAUCAAUGAGCUACUUUAGUUUGUAUCAAUUUGCAACAAAAUGGGAUGUCUUCUUGAUACUUAUCGGUAUCAUUUUUACCAUCUUGAAAGCAGCUACUCAGCCACUAUUGAUCUUGGCCUAUAGUGAAUUUACAACAUUGCUGAUCGAACGAACAAUGGGAAUUGGAACGAGCUCAUCAACAACAUUCCUACAAUUGUUUGGUGGCGGAAGAGUAUUGACAAAUGCCAGCGUUGAAGAAAAUAACACGGAAAUGAAAAAUGAUUCAAUUGCAUUUGGUAUUUUUGUGGGAUUGGAUAUACUUAUAUUCUUCAUAUGUGGCAUCGGAGGUGUUGAUUGUUUCAAUCGCACGGCAUUUCGGCAAAUCACACGUAUUCGUACAAAAUAUUUUCAGUCUUUAAUACGACAAGAGGUUGCUUAUUAUGACGUCGCUGGUGAUAGCAACAAUUUUGCCGCACGUAUCACCGAAGAUAUCGAGAAAAUUCAAGAGGGAAUCGCGGAAAAGGUUAGUCAUUACCUGUAUUUGAUGAUUGCAUCCGUAAUUAGCAUUAUUGUGUCAUUCACUUAUGGCUGGGAACUGUCUCUGGUUAUGAUAUCAUAUGUGCCGAUAGUUAUCAUCACGAUUAUUGUCACUGGAAAGUUUCGUGUAAAAUUAUUGACCAAGGAAGGGAAUGCUUACUCUGCGGCUGCAAAUGUGGCUGAAGAGGUACUGAGCGGCAUUCGAACUGUUUUCGCAUUCGGUGGUGAGCAAUUGGAGAUCGAACGGUACAAAAAACAAUUGAUAAAAGAGAGAAAAGCCGCGCUAGUUGCUAAAGGAUGGCUCGCCGGAUUCUGUGUUGGUGUCAUGCGAUUCUUAUUUUUUGGAAGUAAUGCACUGGGUUUUUGGUAUGGCGUUAAAUUGGUUUUGGAUGAUCGUGAUAAAACUGACAAAGAAUACACACCAAAAAUUUUAAUGAAUACAUUCCUCGGUUUAUUGGUGGGCGCUGAAAAUAUUGCAAAAACCGCUCCGUUCAUAGAUACAUUUGCUACUGCCCGUAGUUCGGCUGCUGCAAUAUUCAAUGUGAUCAAUCGCACAUCGAAAAUCGAUUCCAUGUCAAAUGAUGGAAACGUGCUUAAAGUGGGCGUUAAACGAAGUAUUUUGUUCAAAAAUGUGUUCUUCAGUUAUCCAUCACGACCAGAUGUUCCGAUCCUGCGUGGAUUGGAUUUGGAGAUUCAACCGGGUCAAUCGUUAGCGUUGGUUGGCGGUUCGGGAAGUGGGAAAUCGACUUGCCUGCAACUGUUGCAGAGAUUCUACGACCCGAACGAAGGCCAAGUGCUGAUCGAUGGCUACGACAUACGUAAACUGAACAUCAAUAAGCUGCGUUCGAAUAUUGCAACCGUUGGACAGGAGCCGAUUCUAUUCUCAACAACAAUUGGUGAGAACAUUCGCUAUGGAAAACCGGAUGCAAGCGAUAAAGACAUCGUUGCUGCGGCUAAAAUGUCUGGUGCACACGCUUUCAUCGCUACUUUACCGCUGGGCUAUAAUACAUUGGUGGGUGAAAAAGGAUCACAACUCUCAGGAGGGCAGAAACAGAGGAUUGCCAUUGCGCGUGCUAUGAUUCAAAACCCGAAAAUUUUACUACUGGAUGAAGCCACAUCGGCUUUGGACUAUCAAUCGGAGAAAUUGGUGCAAGAAACACUAGACAAGGUGUCUCAAGGGCGCACCACAAUCACUGUGUCACAUCGGUUGUCCGCCAUUCGAAAUGCCGAUCGUAUUGUAUUCCUUGACAAAGGGGUGGUCGUUGAAGACGGAACGCACAGUCAAUUGAUGGUACAGAAAGGACGUUACUACGAAAUGAUCACCGCUGGAAGACUUAAAGACGAAAAUGAAGACGAAAUCGAAGAUGUACACCAGCCCGUAUACAAUAAUUUCAUUGAAAAUCCAAUCUAUAUGAGCGCACAUCCAAACAAUGGCCCACCAGUCACAAUUAGCACACCCAUUAUCAACGCUUCCCCAUUUUUUAAUGACCAGAAUGUCGCAGAAAGCUACUUUCGAAGUGUGAAGGUUGAUGUGAAUGAACGAAAAGUGAAGGACGAAUCGGAUGAAAGGAUCCAAUAUAGGAAAGUGUUUAAACGUAUUUUCACAUUGAUAAAACCACAAUGGUUUACAGUGCUUCUGGCAGUGAUUUUUGCAUGCUUCGUUGGUGCCAUAUUACCCACAUUUGCAAUUAUAUUUGGUGACAUUUAUGGCUCGUUGUCAAACAAAGAUUCAAACAAAGUAUUGGACGAUACUAUCGACGAUUGUAUUAUGUUCGUGGUGAUGGGCAUUGUCGCAUUUUUCGCAAUACUUUUGCAAUCGUUCUUCUUCUCGAAGGCUAGUUUCGAUUUGGCAACACGGGUUCGAUCAAUGACGUUCGCGGCAUUCAUGCGACAAGAAUGUAGUUGGUUCGAUGAGAAGAAUCAUUCAUCGGCGGCACUCUCAGCUCGACUCACUGGUGAUGUGGCCAAUUUACAAGAAAUCUUUGGCAAUCCACUGAGUAUGGUAUUUCAGUCACUUUCCACAUUCGUAGCAGGUAUAGUUAUUGCAUUUAUUUAUUCGUGGAAGUUGUCGUUGGUCUGCUUGAUUGCCCUUCCAUUGGCGGCGUUAACAGUUUUCUUGGAUGCUAAGCAUCGGUCCAAGAGAUUGUUUGAAGAAAAGCAGUCAAUUGAAGUUGGAACGAAAAUAGCGAGCGAAGCCAUCACAAAUAUACGAACAGUUGCCAGCUUAAGGCAAGAAAAGUAUAUGAUUGAACGAUAUGUAGCUGAAAUGAAAAAAGCAUCUUCGACGGUUCGAAAGAGUAUUGUUUGGCGUGGUUUGGUAAAUUCAACCGCUCAAUCGAUCCCUUACUUUGGGUAUACAAUCUCCCUUACUUACGGUGGUUUUUUGAUAGCCAACGGCGAGAUUGAGUACGGAAAUGUUAUCAAAGUGGCGCAAGCUUUGCUUCUAGCUACGGUCAUUAUCGGCCAAAUGUUUGUCUUCAUUCCAGUAUUCACGGCAGCAUUCGUUGGAGUGCACCGUAUUAUCCAAACAAUCGAUCGUGUCCCAACGAUCAAUUCACCGAUCGUAAAUAAUAAAAGCCGUAAACCGGAUAAAAGCAAUAACAUCGAUUUUAAAAAUAUCGACUUUCGCUAUCCGACCAGGCCCGAUGUGCAAAUACUUGAUAAUUUCAAUUUGAAUGUGAUGGAAGGAAAGACAAUCGCUCUGGUUGGCCCGUCUGGAUGUGGAAAGUCGACAUGCAUUCAGCUGUUACAGCGAUUGUAUGAUCCGGAACACGGUCGCAUUCAUGUCGGCUUAGAUGAAAUCUCCAGCGACAUUUCGAUCGAAGGGUUGAGAUCGAAAUUGAGCAUUGUAUCACAAGAGCCAGUGCUAUUUGAUAAGACAAUUGCCGAGAAUAUUGCGUACGGUGAUAAUUCACGAGAGGUUUCGAUGGAAGAGAUUAUAGAUGCUGCUCGAAUGGCAAACGUCCACGAUUUUAUCGCCCAAUUGCCAUUGGGUUACGAAACAAACGUCGGUUCAACAUCACAAUUUUCUGGAGGUCAGAAACAACGAAUAGCCAUAGCUCGUGCCUUGAUUAGAAAUCCAAAGAUUCUUUUGUUGGAUGAAGCCACAUCUGCUUUAGAUUUGCACAGUGAACAGUUGGUAAAACAAGCUCUUGACUCGGCUAGAUCAUGCCGCACAUGUUUGGUGAUCGCUCAUCGCUUGAGCACCGUUCAAAAUGCUGACGCAAUUUGUGUAGUACGCGGUGGUAAUAUCGUUGAGUAUGGAACACACGACGAACUCUUGGCAUUGAAUGGCAUUUACACACGUUUGUAUAAUUCUCAAAAGUGAUAUUGCACCAAAUGUAAGAAAAAAACGAUUGAUGACAUUUUUCAUCAUCGAUCAGCUUCAAUUUUUUACUUCAUGUUUUCUAUGAAGAUAUUAUUAUGUUAUUUUCAAAUCUUAGAUUCAUUUGUAUAAAAGAAAUAAAUAAAUAGUCAAAUGUCAAAAACUCAAAA